UGUUUAUAGCAUAGUCCACUGGGACUGCUGCUCUGACAAAGACUAUAUCACUACUUUGUGGAAUGUUUUUUAGAACUUCCAGAAAACCUCAGUAAAUCCUGACUGCCCUGUGACUGUGUACUGUGCUGCUGAACUCUUAACAUGAAGCAGCAGCAGUGACCCUGGCGGGCCAGGCUGACGUGUGUGAGAACGGUGGGAGUGACCCUGGCUGGGAAGCAGGGAGGCCUGGAUAUUGUUUCUCCUGGCUCUGUGUCCUGCUGCUCUCGUCCCUGUGCUCAGAGCUCUCAAGCACCCAUGAUGGCCCUCUCGGGCGGAGUGCGCCCGUGCGUUAUCCCAGAGAACGAAGAAAUCCCCCAAGCAGCCCUUAACAGUGUCCGCGAGGCCAAUGAGACCGAGGACGAGAGAGCUGUUUCCAAACUGCAGCGCAGGCACAGUGACGUGAAAGUCUACAAGGAGUUCUGUGACUUUUAUGCAAAAUUCAACAUGGCCAAUGCCCUGGCCAGCGCCACUUGUGAGCGCUGCAAGGGCGGCUUUGCACCCGCUGAGAAGAUCGUGAACAGUAACGGAGAGCUGUACCAUGAGCAGUGUUUCGUGUGCGCUCAGUGCUUCCAGCAGUUCCCAGAAGGACUCUUCUAUGAGUUUGAAGGAAGAAAGUACUGUGAACAUGACUUUCAGAUGCUCUUUGCCCCUUGCUGUCAUCAGUGUGGUGAAUUCAUCAUUGGCCGAGUUAUCAAAGCCAUGAAUAACAGCUGGCAUCCGGAGUGCUUCCGCUGUGACCUCUGCCAGGAGGUUCUGGCAGAUAUUGGGUUUGUCAAGAAUGCUGGGAGACACCUGUGUCGCCCCUGUCAUAAUCGUGAGAAAGCCAGAGGCCUUGGGAAAUACAUCUGCCAGAAAUGCCAUGCCAUCAUCGACGAGCAGCCUCUGAUAUUCAAGAAUGACCCCUACCAUCCAGAUCAUUUCAACUGUGCCAACUGCGGGAAGGAGCUGACUGCUGAUGCACGGGAACUCAAAGGGGAGCUGUACUGCCUGCCAUGCCAUGAUAAAAUGGGGGUCCCCAUCUGCGGUGCUUGCCGACGGCCCAUUGAAGGGCGCGUAGUGAACGCCAUGGGCAAGCAGUGGCAUGUGGAGCAUUUUGUUUGUGCCAAGUGUGAGAAACCGUUCCUUGGACAUCGCCAUUAUGAGAGGAAAGGCCUGGCAUAUUGUGAAACCCACUAUAACCAGCUAUUUGGUGAUGUUUGCUUUCACUGCAAUCGUGUUAUAGAAGGUGAUGUGGUCUCUGCUCUUAAUAAGGCCUGGUGCGUGAACUGCUUUGCCUGUUCUACCUGCAACACUAAAUUAACACUCAAGAAUAAGUUUGUGGAGUUUGACAUGAAGCCAGUCUGUAAGAAGUGCUAUGAGAAAUUUCCAUUGGAGCUGAAGAAAAGACUUAAGAAACUAGCUGAGACCUUAGGAAGGAAAUAAAUUCCUUUAUUUUACUUUUUCUUUUCUUUGCAAGAUAAGAGAUUGCCAACAUUGCUUGUCUUGAUCUACCCAUAUUUAAAGCUAUGUCUUAAAGCAGUUGAGAGAGAAGAGGACCUGUAUGAAUUGUUUUAUGUCAUUUUUUUCAUUAAGAAAGAAAAAUAAUUGUGUAAUCAUGUUUAAAAUACAGAUGAAGUCAGUAUUUGCUUUUGUCAACCCUUAUCCAUUUGUUGACAUGUAGACUGUUUAUAAAAAAAACACAUGUUAAAUGUUAGAUUUUAAUUAAGGCCCCCCAAAAUUAAAUGUUAACUUUUUUAAAUGACAGGAGUCAGCUUUUACAUGACUCAAUUGAAAAAAAAAACAGUGUAAACAUUAAUUUGCUUUGUAUUCAAAAGAAAAUUCCAACUGCUGUUGGGAAAGGAUACAGAGAAGAAAAAUAACCACCCAAGAAAAGCAAAAACAAGAAAAAUGAUUCUUACACAGUCUUAGUAUAUUUAUCAAACUAGUAGCUAUAAAAUGAACAUAUACAUUACUAAGAUAAAAAAAGUAUAAUUCAGAACUACUUGACUUUUUUUUAGUUAAAUGCAAUAAUUAUUAUGCUUAGUUUUAUAAUCUGCUCUCCUUGUGAAUUCUUCCUUCAAAUGAUUACUUAACACAGUAGUUAUAGCUAGCUAGUAGGAUGUCUUUUAAAUUUUUGUGCAAAAAAAGAUGUAUACCAGGUAUUUGAAAAUAUACAAUAUUGGAAAAUGAAGUAUUUUUAAUGUAUUACAGCAACUAUGCUUCUAAGCUUAAUGUCAAGCAUGUAGUCUUAGAAUAGGACAUGAAAUUAAAUUGUAUGUAGCUUGGAAUGUAUUGCUUCAGAAAAGUGAAUGUGUAUGUCGGUCAUAUUGCCUUCAUUACCAUGCUAGUAUCUAUGCAUUAUACAUAUUUAAACUUGCCUUGCCUUAAAAAAAAUAUGUACUGCGUACUUAAAUCAGGAAUUCUAGCCAUCUCACAGAAUACCAACUAAAACUAAGUGCAGUGAGAUCUGAGAUUGGUAAACCCAGAUUUAUUUAACACAGCUCAAAUUAAAUUUUUAAAAAGUCUAUUCUUUUUAGUGGGAAACCCAUUGAAGUUAAUUUCUGUUAUCUUAUUACAAGAGAAUGAUGUUGAUAUGUGUUUCAGAUUUUUCAUUUCAAAUCUUAUAAUUAAUUGAAUUUAUUUAAUAUAAAUAGGAGAUACAAAUGACACUCUUAAAUUGGAAGAAGGAUGUUUUGGUAUUCGUUUGAGGUCAAAAUUAGUGAUUCUAUUUUUAUCAAAAGUUUUAUCCUGAAGUUUCUGGACCACUUUUCCUUAAUAAACUUGUUAAUGGAAAGCGAGCUUUCUGAACAUUUAAAAAAUGUUGCUGCUGCUUUCUUACUUAAAAAGAAAGUUGCCAAGAUAGACUUCUUAGGGAAAAAAAUUUUUUUUCCAAAAAUUGCUGAAAUACUGUUUUGCCAUUAAAAAAAAAAUUCUCAGGAUAUUACCACUCUGCCAUUAAAUAUUUGUAUGCAUGCAUUUUUAAAAAAAAAUUCUCUCCAUGUACUUUAUGGAAUACAUUCUAUUUUUGUUUUCAGACACCUUACAACCAAUUAUUUUUUUAGUAAUCUUUUAGAAUUAAAAUAAUUAUAAUGAUUAAAAAUAAUCAUCACAUAGUUUAUAGUUGUACAUGUUCAGUAGUGUCAAACAAUCAUUGCAUUUGACAGUAAGAAUCAAAGUGUCUUCAGUGUGCCUUUGUCGGCUAAUAUGUAACCAGCAGUGAUAACCUUGGGAGUAUUUAUUAAAUAUUAUACUAUGAAUAUAGGCGAAAUAGGACAGAGUUUGCAGUAUAGAGUCUUGAUGCUAAAUUCUUAUAUACCUCUACGUGAGAAAUAUGGAGCGGAAAAACAAGCAUUUGCAUAUAUUCUUCAUCACUUUGAAGAUGCAUGGCCUGAACUCGACUGCUUGUGUCUGUUUACAUAUCAGGCAUAGCCAGGCAUCUCCUGUAGCCAGAGGUUCCACUGCUGUCUUUGCUCAGUCCUCUUUUAAAAUAUGAGUUAGUAUUUUCUAGAAAUUCCACUUGCUAAGCCUCUAAUACUUCAGUGUAGUUUAUCUAGAUACAGUACUUUCUUCCCUGAUAAGUAGUAUCAUUGGAGCCCUUACAUAUAAGGACAUAUAAGGAGAAGAGGAAGAAGUUGAAAAAUGUAAGUGGAUUAAAAAAGAAACUUGGGGCCAGGUGCGGUGGCUCACACCUGUAAUCCCAGCACUUUGGGAGGCCAAGGCGGGUGGAUCACGAGGUCAAGAGAUCGAGACCAUCCUGGUCAACAUGGCAAAACUCGUCUCUACUAAAAAUACAAAAAAUUAGCUGGGCAUGGUGGCACGUGCCUGUAAUCCCAGCUACUCAGGAGGCUGAGGCAGGAGAAUUGCCUGAACCCAGGAGGUGGAAGUUGCAGUGAGCCGAGAUCGCGCCAUUGCACUGCAACCUGGGUAAUAAGAGCGAAACUUCGUCUCAAAAAAAAACUUGGUCUAGUUCAUAUUUUUAAUGGUGCUUUCUCUGGCUGCUGGAAAACUUAGGCCAGUAAGCAUCUCUUUGUUUAAAGUCCUACAAGGCAAUUUGAAAUAAUUCAUUGUUUAUGCCAAAAUUCUAAGUACUGUUUUUCUUAGCAAGCAUAAUACAAUCAGAAAAAUGGGUACAAAUAAAAUAUUCUUUGAAUCAUACUCAAAGCCUUAUUAACACUGCACUUGAAUAAUAGGUCAUUUUGCCUCACUCAUUUGCCAAAGUAGCCAUUUCUAAGUUAAGGACAUUUUGAGGAAGGCAGAUAGCCUUGUUGUAUUGCAUUUUAGAUUGUAAGCUCAAUGGCAGGGAUACUAAAUCGAUAAUUGUGUUUUCAUAUAGCAACCACCACAGUAUACUCUUGGUGCUUAAUAAAUGUUUAUAAUUAUUAACAAUAA